CAAAUUCUAUCUCUCUCAAUUCCAAUUAGAAUCACCAAAUUCUUUCUUCAUUUAUCACCUCUUUCUCUAUGGCAAAGAGCAAGUUCAUCUCCUAUUUAUCCAUCUUCUUCUUCAUUCUUCUUGCAGCCAACUAUGAAGGAGCUAAUGGCCAUAAUCACCACUAUAGGCAUAGAUUUCAUCCCAAAAAGUUAUUUGUGUUCGGAGACUCUUACGUCGAUACAGGCAACACCAACAAAUCUUUGUCUAUUUCUUGGAAGGUUCCAUAUGGUAUCACUUUUCCCAACAAGCCUGCUGGACGAUUCUCAGAUGGUCGCGUUUUAACCGAUUUUCUUGCUAGAUUCUAUGGAUUGAAGUCUCCGUUACCAUACAUGCUAAGGAACUUAGCAGGCAAGAAGGCGUUUAGGUAUGGAACGAACUUUGCCUUCGGUGGUACGGGAGUAUUCAAUACUGUAUUCCCCGGAGCAAACAUGACCGUCCAAACAGGUUUCCUCAAGACACUAUUGGACGGUUCUCAUUAUUCCCAAAGGGAUUUAGAUACCUCGAUGGCAUUAGUUGCUCUAUCCGGUAACGAUUAUAGCACAUACCUCUUUAGAGGUGGCCUCUUCCAGAAUAUUCCAGCAUUCAUUACCCAAGUUGUAAAUCAACUAGCAAUCAAUCUAAAGAGUAUUCACGAUAUGGGGGUGAAAAAAGUGGUUGUAACCUCUCUUCAGCCAUUGGGUUGCCUUCCAAGAAGUACAAUCCUCAACUCUUUUAGCCAAUGCAAUGCCACUGAGAACACCGCCGUCGAAUUCCACAACCUAUUGCUUCGACAAGCCGUCGCUAAGCUCAACAACGAAACCGCUAACACAAACAGAGGGUCCCCCGCCUUCAUCAUCCUCGAUCUCUUCUCUUCCUUCAACACAACAAUCUUUCAUGAUGAUAAGUUUGUUAAUCCGUUGAAGCCUUGUUGCAUGGGGAUCAAAAACGGUAGUUGUGGUGUUGUCAAUAGUUCGGGAGUAAAAAUGUAUACUUUGUGUAAGAAGCCCGAGAAUUCAUUCUUUUGGGAUACAGUACAUCCCACUCAAGCUGGUUGGCGUGCUGUUUAUCUCACUCUCCGAUCUUCCCUAAGUCAAAUUUGAUAUUGCUUAAAUAAAAAUUCGCCACUUGUCAAAAUCAAUUAUUUCUCUUGUUGUCCAUAGUUCUUCAUUCAAUCAAAUAAGCCAUGUGUGGGUCAUUGUUAAGUUUCUUUAUACAGUGGUAAAUUUUUUUUA